AUGGAGAGACUGAAGAUCUGGCAGUCUGCUGAAUUGGAGCGGGAUGAGGACAGAGAGGCCUUUGAUCAGCUGAUGAAGGAUCUGGAUCUGCUGCAUAGACAGAACAUGGCCCCAAGACCCAUACUUGAGAUGAGUCUUGGCUUGGCAAGGGAUGUGCUUAACCUUCACGACCGUUAUGAAGACCUGAAGCCUACCUUCAAAACCUCUGAGUUCUGCAAGGCCACUCAUGAAGCCAACUUGGCUGAUUUUGCAAAGCAGAAGGCAGAACUGGACCAGAUGGUUGUGGGGUAUAAAGAAGCCAAAGCUGCUGGGGAUAAAUUGGAAAAACAGAGAUUGCAGAACUUCAAAAACAGCUGGCAGAGCGUCGGGAAGUGCAGCACAGGCUCGGGGCUGGAUUGA